AUGCCGAGGGGAUUACGGCAUAUGAUCGGCAUCUUAGUUCGAAGCUUCGAGUGCGGAGUUGAUAUCGAGCUGAAUCACCUGCUGAACUUGCUGGAAGUCAGGAAAGCUCCGAAGGGAAAUAGAUUCUAUAUUUCCAACAAGGCGAAGCGACGGAUCAUCGGCGGUUUUCCCUGCAAGGAUCAGUUUUGGACUGAACGCUUCUUUUACGUCUUGGUGAACGAGGCGUCGGUCGGCGAGAAUUACGUUCAAAGAACCAAGACCGCUUGGGGACCACUUGGUAGCCGACCCGAAGCUUUGCCUCGGCUCGGAACUAUUUUUGUUCGGUGCUUUCUUCCCCCGAUUCCUGACGACCUCUUUACUGUUCGAGACUCUCUUUCGGCGCGGAAGGUUAAUUGGAGAAAGAACUUCACCCUCGAAAGAGUAGAAAAAGCGCGAGCCAUCCUCGCCGGAGUCCCCGUCAGCUCUUCGUCCUCAAGUUCUUCAAGAGAUACCCGGGAGAAGAUGGUGAUAAUUGCUCUCAGAGAAAGGAAGAGGCGCAAGGAAGAGGAGGCCGCUAGACGAGCUGCCAAGGCGGCUCAUGCGCAAACCGAGGCGAUUCAAGCCAAGGCGGUUUCAGCGCAAGCCGAGGCCAUCCCUCAACCCGACCCGCCGAGGCGGGAAGGGGAUGUAAUGGACCGAGUCGCAGAAGGCAACACUGCCGAGGCGGCUGAAAAAGAUGCAGCGCCCGAGGUGGAACCGGGCGAAAUUAUCCCGAGGUGUCCGGAGAAGGCUCGGCGGCACGGAUCGACGAGGCCACCGACUUCUGUUGUUCAGAAGCAUGACUCUAGCCGAAAACGUUUGGCUACUGACAAAGGGAAGGGCAUCGCCGUUCAGAAAGACGAGCCGUCCAAGAAGAGGCGGAAGCCGACGCCCGGGGACCCUGCCACGCGCAAGUUGGUCGUGGACGACCCCGACGCCUCUGCCGUCAUGUUCUCGCGUGUAAAAAACGCGAGCACGCGCCUUCCUCCUCCGGAGGAGCUGAGAAGGCCGAGGUCGUAUGGCACGAUGGCACAGCGCGGUACCAAGUUUGUUGCGGCCAUUAACGACAUGAUGGCCGAAUACGAGGCGGACUUGUCUAAGGUCGAACGUCGCUUAGACGAGGCCCGAGGCGAGACCGCGGCGUCAAAGGCGAAGCUGGAAGAGGCCCAGAACGAGGCUGCGGCGGCGAAGGGGAAACUCGACGAGGCGAUGUCCAGAGUGUCGAGGCUGGAAGAGGAGAAAAUAGUUCUCCGCGCCAACGUUGACAAAGUUUCCGCCUCGGAAAUUCGCCUGGAGGAGGCAAGGACAGCCAAAAGCGCCGAGGUGGCGUUGCUGAAGAGGCGUAUCGAGGCCAAGGAUGCCUUGUUUGACGUCAAGGUCAAGCGGGCGAAAAAGGAGGCGAGGCGAGAGCUUACGGAAAAGUUUCAGGAACGCCUCGCCAAGGUGGAGGAGGGUUUGGCCAAGCUCGAGAAGGCCAAAAACGACGAGAACGAUCUGGGGCAAAUCAAGGGCAAUCUUGCGAUGAUUGCCGUCCUGAAGAGACCAGACGCCCCGACGCUCGAUGAUGAGGAGGCACAGCUAAAGAGAUGGGAGAGCGAAUAUGCUGACGACGACGCGUAUGAGCGCAUUGCCUCCGAGAUCCGAAGCGAUCUGGUUUUCUCGCCCGUAUCGCCGGAUUCGGUCGACACCAACCUAGGCAACGAGCCACUCGAAGAGACAGCGGCCAACUUAGGCGUCGUUGAUCCGAACGGAUCGAAUGCGGGCACGCCGGUCCUCUCGAACCUCCUUGCCGUGCGUGAAAAGCAGUCCGCGGCCUGA